AUGUCUGGACUACAGUAUUACGCAUACCCUGGUGUUGGUGUUAGAAACAAAAAGACAUUCAAAUACAGCCAGGCGGUGCGAGUCGGAGACAACAUUGAAUGCGCCGGACAAGGCGGCUGGAACCCCGAAACAGGCGAAUUCUACAAAGAAAUCGACGCCCAAAUCGACCAGGCCUUUAAAAACGUCGAGCUCACUCUCAAGGAUGCCGGCGGAAAAGGGUGGGAGCAAGUAUAUCGCGUAAAUUCGUAUCAUGUGUCCAUAAAUGACGAGGCGCUGGAUGCGAUGGUUCGAAAUUUCAGGAAAUGGGUUCCUGACCACGAACCUAUCUGGACGUGUGUGGGUGUCACGCGUCUUGGGGAGGAUGAUAUGAGGGUUGAAAUAGAGGUUGUUGCACAUGAUCCUGAGGGCAGGGCUGCUGGUCGUUGA